AUGAGAGCUACAGCUUCAUCAAUUCUGAUAAAUGCAUGUACCACUGGAACUUUGACUUUACAAUGCCACCGUUUUACUAACGUAAGGACAAUCACUUAUAUUGAAUGGAGGAUACGAUUUGGUGACAAACUGACAAACCGUUAUCAUUGCUUGAUGUCCGACGAUGGGUGCACAGUACAAGGGUCCGCUCCCGAAGGACUCAAGGUGCUAUCCGUUUCUAAAAGAAACAUUACCAUAGAGCGCUCCGAAGAAAACGGUCCGAUAAAUCAUGUCAAGAUAUCAUGUGAAGUGAAUCGUGACUCCUCUACAGCUAGUGAUAGCUAUGAGAUCAAGUUUACUGUUAAGUGUGUGAGGGCCGUGGAAGGGAGAGAUCUUAACUUCACAAGAAUCCUACAGGAGAUGGUUUCAUGUGAACGCGUGAGCACAGUGAAUUGGAUUCUCAAUGAAAGUAAAUUUGCCUGCUGUGACUCAUGUCAAUGUCCCACAAAUCAUUGUGAGAGAGGAUCCGAUGGCCAUAGCGACGAAGUCAGUUUAGAUUUUAGGAGAAGAUUAAGAUUUACGGGAGGUGUAAUAAUACUGACCUACAUUCAAGGUAAUGAUGACAGAAGGGAGAUUAACGUCACAUAUGACAUUGAAGAAGACUCUGGUGCAAAGAGAUCAGUCGGGCCGAGGACGAUACGUAUUUUGGUCGAGAACGCUCGGCAUUUUUCGUUAUGUGUAGUCACGAAUACUGCUACCCUGGUAAUGUCCACUUCUCCUAAGUCUUUAUCUCGAAGCUGUGUAUCCAAUGAUGUAGAACACACCCCGACGAGCGGUGCAUUAGCCACAAACACACCUGUGCUGCCGAUAUUGACGGUGAUUACAGUAAUCAUCUCUGCAUUAAUUCGAGAUGACAAAAAAGUCCACCACGAGGGAUGUCAGAAUGAAGUGAACGAGUAGAGAGGCUUUUAUCGACGUACUUCUCAGUUCCUCGAUCUUUUUCCUCUCAAUUUUUAGG